AUGUCCCGUACUCCAACCGACCCCGCCGCUCCCAGUCAUCCGUUCAAUCGCCGCAUUGUCGGCGUCUGGUCGCUUGUGGACUUUCGAACCGAAGCCCUCAGUUCGCUGCCCACCAGAUAUCCGUUGGGAUCGAAUCCCCAAGGUCUUCUGAUGUACCACCCCAACGGAUUCAUGUCCGGCCAUUUGAUGAAGUCUGAAGAAAGCCUUCAUUCUUCUCCGACCGGAAUCUUGAAUCUGGGGUGUGCAGGGUCAGAUGUAAUCGGAGCCUCGCAUUGGUCCAUGUCCUAUGCCGGUGCCUAUCAGGUAUCUGACGCUCAAGAUUCGAGCCCUGAGGACGCUGCAGUCAUAUCCCAUUCCAUCCAUGUGACUUCCAACCCUCAAAUGAUGGGCACCGUGCAGCAGCGGGUGGCGUGCUUCAACGACAGGGAUCUGGUCUUGAGUACAACUGAAUUGGUUGACGUUGAGGGAAUUAUCAUCCGACCAGUGCUUACCUGGCGCCGGGUUCAGGGUUGCACGGAGUGA